CGGUCAUCGGGUCAGCCAGCUUUCGUUCCAGAGGCCUUUUAAGGGGCUCCAUUGGUUGCGCUCACAAUGAGCGACGGGGGUGACUUCGAGGAGGUUGUGAUGACCUCACAGGAAAUUGACGCGCUGAUCAAUGGCACCGGAGACGUCAAGAACGAGAAGGGAGAGUCGCUAGUCCUCAAGCAGACUGCUGUGCAGCAAGAAAGUACUGCAUUGCCGGUUCCGGAGGCGACGUCUGAAAUGCUUAAGGUUGGGGACGGUGUUGAAAAGCAGGUUUUGAGGGCAGGAACAGGCGACAGUCCCAAGAAGCACGCCACGUGUUUUGUGCACUACCGGGGUUGGAUCAAGGCAACUGGGGACAAGUUCUACGACACCUGGGAGGAGGGCCAGGCGGCGGAAGUUGUCAUUGGCCAUGAGCAGCAAGGUUUGAAGGGGUUGGGGCUGGCGCUCACGAGCAUGCAAGCGGGGGAGAAGAGCCUGGUGCACGUGGCAUGGCAGCAAGGGUACGGAAAGGAGGGCUGCUUCUCUUUCCCGACCGUACCCCCAAAGGCAGACCUCCUAUACGAAGUGGAGUUGAAAGGGUUCGAGCCAGCAAACGAGGGCCGACCACGGUCCGAGAUGACCGUGGAAGAGCGCAUUGCGGCGGCGGACCGACGACGGGUGGACGGGAACGACCUCUUCAAGGGGGGGCAAACAGAGGAAGCACUUAAGCAGUACGAAAUGGGGCUGACGUUCAUGGGGGACGACUUCAUGUUUCAGCUGGAGGGGCGCUACCGCGAAGACGCAGACGCCGUGCGGAUACCCUGCCUGCUCAACAUCGCGGCAUGCAUGCUCAGGCUGAAGCGGUAUAACGAGGCAAUCGCGAACUGUAACGCGGUUUUGGCGGACGACCAGAAAAACGUGAAGGCGCUCUUCCGGCGGGCGCGAGCCAAAGUGGCGCUCGGCCAGAGCGAAGAUGCAAUCAACGACUUUAAACGAGCUCUGAAACUUGCUCCAGGAGAUAAAGAAAUCGCUCGGGAGCUUAGAAUAGCGGUUGAGAAUGAAAAGGCGGUGAGCGAGAAGCAGAAGAAGAUGUACAAAGAGAUGUUCAAGCCACAGCCGGAGGAGGAGCGAGGGUCGUGGAUACAGCGGAUCUUGCGGUGGCUAAUUUUGAUGGUCAAGAAGCUCUGGCCUUUUCGACGGCGGAUUAGUGUUGGCGGGAAGAAAAUAUUGUGAGGACUGAAGGUAAAACGACAAUACAGCAAACAUUGAUACUGAUUCUACGGACAAGCGGCGCUCAAGUCCUUUUGCUUCUUUGCUCAGAGCUUAGACACUGACAUCACAGGUUAAUGAGUAAGGUCUCGGCCGGCAGAAUCCAGAUUGAGCAGAUCUAGGGGCCUUUGAGUCCAUCAUGG